AUGAAAGAAAGGCUACGCUCUAAUCAACAACUAAGGCGAAUAUGGAAUGAAAUUGAUGUUGUAUGGCCUAUGGACCCUAGGAAGGACUGUCUCAGAGGAGGAAGGACCGAACCUUUCAAACUUCAUCACAUUUGUACAUCUGAUGAAGAAAUUAUUUACAUUGAUAUACCUAUAUCCAUAUGUGAUGAAGGCGAUGGAAUUCCCAGUUGGAUAUCCUAUUGUCCUGACAAGAGAAACACUUACACAACCGCCUAAUGCGCCGCUACCAUGGACU